AUACGCACGUGAGUGGGGAAAUUGUUCUGAUCCCACGGCCCAUAUUUCCUAUUCUUUUAUAACUCCCAACUUCGAAAGUAACGCUCAUCAUACUUAAUAUCUCUCACUCAACUCUCUUUCCAAUCUCCCAACCAAAACACAAACAUCAUGGGUUUGCAGGAGGAUUUUGACGAGCAUGCUGCGAAAGUCAAGACUCUAAAAGAGAGUCCAUCAAAUGAGAACUUGCUUAUCCUUUAUGGAUUGUACAAGCAAGCCACUGUUGGACCUGUUACCACCAGCCGUCCUGGAAUUUUCAACCAGAAGGAAAGGGCUAAAUGGGAUGCAUGGAAGGCUGUUGAAGGCAAAUCCAAGGAUGAAGCAAUGAGUGAUUACAUCACUAAGGUGAAACAGCUGCUGGAAGAAGCUGGUCUUACUGCUUAACAACAUUGUCAUGUCUAGCUUUCUAGUUCUAUGCUAAAAGUUUCUAAGUACUUUGGAAAAUAAAACAGUUGCAGUGUUUGAUGUUUGAUCGAAAACUUUAAUAUAUGAUCUUAAUGUUUCAUGUUUCUAAGUAUUGAGUUA